AUGAGCGAGAAGAAUGACGAUAUUCCAUUGGCCGACGAUGAUGACACCGACACGAUCAUCAGCGGCGGAAAAACGCCGCGAGCUGCUCAGCCGCUUCCGAAAGAGGAGCCGCCGGAGGAUCCCGAGGAAAAAGCGCGACUCAUAACACAAGUUCUCGAGCUUCAAAACACACUCGAUGAUUUGUCUCAACGCGUCGAUUCGGUCAAAGAGGAAAGUCUGAAAUUGUCGUCUGAAAAUCAAGUAUUAGGCCAGUACAUUCAAAAUCUGAUGACGUCGUCGGCGAUUUUCCAAUCAUCUCAGCCAUCCCGUCAAAAACAGUAG